CUGCGUUCCUUCAGUGUUUUCUCUCUAGCCGCAGUGAAACCCUAAAAGCAGAGGAAGCUAAGGGAGAUAACAGAGCACAACAAUGGCGGCAAUCACACAGCAACCAAGGACAUUGACGACGAAAGAGGCUGACAUACAGCUGAUGUUGGCAGCUGAAGUCCACCUCGGUACUAAGAACUGUGACUUCCAAAUGGAACGUUACGUCUUCAAGCGUCGCAACGACGGUAUCUACAUUAUUAACGCUGGAAAGACAUGGGAUAAGCUGCAUAUGGCAGCUAGAGUUAUUGUUUCUAUUGAGAAUCCUCAGGACAUCAUUGUGCAAUCUGCCAGGCCCUAUGGGCAGAGAGCCGUCUUGAAGUUCGCACAAUAUACUGGUGCACAUGCUAUUGCUGGCCGUCACACCCCUGGUACCUUUACCAAUCAGCUUCAGACUUCAUACAGCGAGCCAAGACUUCUCAUUCUCACUGACCCAAGAACUGAUCACCAGCCUAUUAAGGAAGCUGCUCUUGGAAACAUCCCCACUAUUGCCUUCUGUGACACUGAUUCACCCAUGCGAUAUGUUGACAUUGGUAUCCCUGCCAACAACAAAGGAAAGCACAGCAUUGGUGUUCUCUUUUGGAUCUUAGCAAGGAUGGUACUACAGAUGCGUGGUACCAUUAGUCCUGGACCCAAGUGGGAUGUCAUGGUGGAUCUCUUCUUUUACAGAGAGCCUGAAGAGGCAAAAGAGCAACAAGAUGAGGAAGUACCUGCUAUUGCUGAUUAUGCAGAAUAUGGCGGCGCUGCUCUUGGUGGUGAUUGGACUAGCAGCCAAAUCCCUGAUGCCCAAUGGGCUGCAGAUGGUGCAACAUCUGUUCCUGCAGCUACUGGUGACUGGUCUGGAGAUGCAGUGGUUGAGGGAGGUUGGGAUGCUGCAGCUGCUCCUCCUGCUGGUGUACCAGAAGCGACCCCUGCUCCAGCUGCUGCUACUGGCUGGGAAUGAACUUGACUCCUUUAGAAAGUUCUUUUUUGUUAAUUUAGAUGUGAGUUCUUGUUACAGACGGUUUUGUUUACAAUGCAAUUUAUAAAAAUUUUGGACCUGUUGAUGUACGAAAUUAUUUUUAAUCAUUUAUAGCAUGUCUUUUUAGUGCAA